GUUUGACAAUUAUGCUUUAACUCAUUGAUGAUACGGGCAUACGAUCACCAAGUGUUGUGUAGUGUCUUAAUUGCAUCUGUAGCGUUGUGGAUUCCACUCUUGUUUGCAUGACUCGUAUAUGGUACUCAUUCGGCACGGCUCCUAAAUCAUCGCAAUGACAUAACUUCAUUUAUUGGCCAUAAAAGGUAGUCAUUGAAUGCUUGUUUCGUAUUUUGUUUAGGAUUUCCUAUAUGAGCACUGAGCCAGUGAGCCUUGUAGGAUAUUCCGAUACUCAAAAUGUGCACGUUGAUUACAUUGUUGCAUUGAAUUUUGAUUUUGUUUGAUAGCAAUAAAAACAGCAACUAUGCCGUAUAAUUGCCACCCCCAUUACAUAUUUAAUAGGUUCCCGUCAAAUAUUUUUGAUGGAUUCGAUAUUUUAUAAAGCUUGGUCCAAUGGGAGUUAACUUUUAGUAUUAUAUGGCCAACUUGCCUGUAACAGAAUAUUCAGAACAAUAGUAAACAUGCUUUUAAAAAGUUGUUACUUUCUCCAAUUGUACAGUUCUUGACUUUAUUCAUAUAUCCUUCCCGCAAUCACCGAUGAUGCAAUGAGUCAUCUUUUUUGCAGAUUACAUGGCAUUUUGAGUAUACGGGAUGGAAUUUUAGAUACGUGUUUUCAAUGGUUUCAGUCGAGGCAAUUACCCCAAGUAAAAGUAGGUGGGUACGCACUUUGUCUAAGAUUUUGCACAUUGGAGAUGUGACGGUCAAAUGUUCAGACGAUCAAAUUCAAAAGACUACAUCUGAUGAGAAGAUAUCUAAUGAUCCGAAUAAAAGUACCCAACUUCCCUCUGGUGAUAAAGACGAGGAGAUUCAUGAUAGGGCGGUGAAAGAAGCUUUUCUUUCCAAACUGUUUGCUAGCCUCUCUACCAUCAAAGCCGCAUAUGCCCAGUUGCAGUUUGCGCAAUCUCCUUAUGAUGCUGAUGGGAUUCAAUCUGCAGAUCAGAUUAUAGUUUCCGAGCUAAAGAAUUUGUCUGAAUUGAAGCAGUGUUACUUGAAGAAUCAAUUAGAUGAUACAUCUCCAGAGGAUACUCAGAUUUUGGCUGAAAUUCAGGAGCAGAAGAGUCUGCUGAGAACUUAUGAAAUUAUGAGUAAAAAAUUGGAUUGUCAGCUUAAACUUAAAGACUCUGAAAUAACCUUUCUUAAAGAGAAACUAGCAGAAGCUAACAGAGAUAACAAGUCACUCGAGAAGAGAUUAAAUUCAACUGGGCAGUUAGCAGUGCCUGACAAUAUUCCUUUAUCCGGGUUAAGCCCCAGUCAUUAUAUUGCAUAUCUAGGGCAGUGUAUAAAAGCAGUUAGAAGUUUUGUGCGAUUGCUAAUUAGAGAGAUGGAAUCUGCAGGGUGGGAUUUGGAUGCUGCAGCGAGUUUGAUUGAACCCGGUGUUUCUUUUUGGAAGCCAAACCAUAAAUGUUUUGCAUUUGAAUCCUUUGUUUGCAAAGAAAUGUUUGACGGUUUUAAUUACCCAAAUUUCUCCAUCAAACAAGAGUCCUUGUCUGAGAAGAAUAAACGACGGCAGCUUUUCUUUGAUAAAUUCAUGGAGUUGAAAUCUGUAAGACCAGCCGAUUACUUAACAUGGAAGCCUAAAUCUGCAUUUGCGACGUUUUGUCGCACUAAAUACUUGCAACUUAUUCAUCCAAAGAUGGAAGCAUCUCUUUCUGGCAAUUUGGAUCAGCGGAAAUCAGUGAAUUCAGGUGAAUAUCUGGAAGCACCCUUCUUCCUGUCAUUUGCAGCGAUGGCAAAGCACAUAUGGCUCCUACACUGCCUGGCCUUAUCUUUUGAUCCUGAAGUCUCAAUCUUUCGAGUGACCAAGAAGAGUCGUUUUUCUGAAGUUUAUAUGGAGAGCUUAAGCGAUGAGGCUUUCUUGUCAUCAGAUGGCACACUCGAAAACAACCCUCUUGUGGCUUUCACAGUGGUUCCAGGAUUCAAGAUCGGGAAGACUGUUAUUCAAUGUCAGGUGUAUCUUCACUGAUCAUGAAUUCCUAACAGCUCUUAGCUGCAAUUAGGAUGUUUGAUAAGGUAUAUUUGACAGUACUAGAUAACAUUAGAGAAGAAAAUGGCGUUAAAAUCUUGUUCAAUAUACUUUGCAAUCUUGUCGAGUACUAUUUACCAAACGCGCUAUAUAAAACGUCUGGUAAAAGUAUUGGAUGGUACAAUAACAAAAUUUUAACUCCGUUUUCCUAUGUAAUGUAUUCUGGUAUGUCUAAUCCCCCUUAAAAUAUGCCAUAAGCGAGAUAAUUAGGCUUAACGUCUGAUCCGACAACAUCAUGGAUUGAAAUCUUUUCCUCCCUUAAUCAUUCAUGGAGAAUGAUUGCCAUAACUUGCUCCUGGUAUGGACUUUUCUUUUUGUAAAGGAAGGGAAGUGGAAAGGCCUUUGCAAAAUCAAACUAAGGAGAUUCCUUUGCAUUAUGUUAUGCCUUUUUAGAAUUGCCCAUUUUUGUUAAUAACUGGCUUUUCUUGAAGGAUGGUAUAGCUGCAUACUUAAGAACUUCUUUUAAUAGUAUUGUUUUUUAUCUGCAAAUAUAGCAUAAAGAAGAUAUAUGUACAUUUUUAAUAACCAUCUGUAUAUAUGCUGCACAUCAGGGCAUUUUUCUC